GAAACUUCUUUUUUUUUUUUUUUUGGAAAAUUAUGGACACUGAAACUUCUUUUUCGCCCCUUUAGUUCACUUUUUCACAUUAUCCACAAAAAUUCCACCAAAAUCCAAGCAUGGGAGCCAAAGAUGGAAAUCCUCCACGCGUCGCAAGCGCUGCCUGGAAUUGGAUACGUGGGUCCAAGCGAAAUUCUGUACAUUACUCAAUCGUAGCUCAUUCAUGGAUUAAUGCCACUUCUUGAUGUACAGAUUACAGAAGGUUAAUUUGAAAGAUGGUGGCUGUUUCCUCCCCAAAUUCAACCAUUCUGCAGAAACCCAUCUCUCCCCGAGACCAAAAUUUUGGAUUUCUAGGUGGGUCUACGAAGGGUCUUUGCUUACGGUUGAAACCCAGAACCCACAAGAGAGAUCUCCUCCGUUUGGUUGUUGCUUCUGCAAGCAGCAGCGGCGGCGGCGUCAAUGGUAGUGGCAGGUUUUACCUCAAUUUCACUGGGUUUCCUUUCCCUCUCGGUCCAUUUCUCAAUAGACGCACUCUUAGGACUGAGGCCGUGAAAGAUUGCAUAUGGCUAUUCGAACAGGAGCAAGCUCUGGGGUUUAGCAGUGUCUCAACAAACAUCCGAAUGACAGUCAUCAAGCUCAAAUCUGGAGGAUUAUGGGUCCAUGCACCCAUUGCUCCAACCAAGGAGUGUAUCCAGCUUGUGAAGGAACUAGGGGCUCCAGUUGAAUACAUUGUCCUCCCAACAUUUGCUUAUGAGCAUAAAAUAUUUGUUGGCCCAUUUUCUAGAAAGUUCCCUCGAGCACAGAUAUGGGUGGCACCAAGGCAGUGGAGUUGGCCGUUAAAUUUGCCACUUGAAUUCUUUGGGAUUUUUCGGGCCAAAACAUUGAAAGACAAGGACUUGUCAACGCCAUGGGCUGAUGAGAUUGAACAAAAGGUUCUUAGCUCACCGGAAGUUGGAAUUGGGCCAUAUGUGGAGGUAGCAUUCUAUCAUAGGCGUUCUCGAACCCUACUGAUAACAGAUGCUGUAAUAUAUGUUCCUAGACAGCCACCAGAGUGUAUUAGCAAAGAAUCCUUGUUAGCUUCUGCAAAGAAUGGUCUGGCUGUAAAAAUUCUUAGUAAAGGAAAGGAAGUCCCUCAGGAGCCAGUGGUUGACAACAAGAACAACCGCCAAAAAGGGUGGGAAAGAAUGGUUCUUCAAAUCUUGUUUCUUGGCCCAUCAAAUCUGUUGGAACCUAAGGCUAGCUUUGCUCAGAUGUCACAGAAGCUUAUUGUUUCUCCCAUUGUUAAGACUUUGGUCUUCAGCAAGGUCCCUGAAAAAGUCAGGGACUGGAUUGACAGCAUUGCACGGGAUUGGAGUUUCAAGAGAGUAAUCCCUGCCCAUUUUGCUGCUCCAAUACAUGCAACCAAAUCUGAGUUCUUGGCAGCAUUUGCAUUUCUUGAUGACCUCUUGGAUGAGCGUUAUGUUACCCGACCUUCGUUGUCUCUUCUCUUCGCAUCACUUAUGGGGAAGGCAGCCAGUUACUUCCCUCCAGAUGAUAUGAAGACCCUAUCAUCCCUGGACCAGUUUUUAGUCUCAGUGGGAGCUGUGAAGAAGACUGUCUCAGGCCGAAAAAGAUGACAAAGUAACAUGAAUUUCCCCUGUGGACGCUCAUCUACUAAACACAUGUAUAUUUAGCACACUUCUACUAUUGCUUUUUCACCAUUAUUGCUCUGUUUCUUCACAUUUGAAAAAGCAAUGUAUUGUUGAGCAUGAUUUUGAUACCCUCAGCUCAAAGGCGUUCGGGAUGUAACAUACAACAUUUGAAAAAUUAGUAAUGACAAUAGAAUUGUGUAUCCUUCGUGGCA